GAAGCCCUUGAACACCCGUGGAUGAAGGAGGGCGGUGAAGCGUCUGACAAACCUAUAGACAAUGCUGUUUUAACUAGGAUGAAACAGUUCAGAGCAAUGAACAAGAUGAAGAAACUUGCUCUAAAGGUUAUAGCAGAAAACCUUUCAGAGGAGGAAAUCAAGGGCUUGAAACAAAUGUUCAACAAUAUGGACACUGAUCGCAGUGGCACAAUCACAUACGAAGAACUCAAAUCUGGAUUGACCAAAUUGGGUUCCAAGCUUAGUGAACAUGAAAUAAAGCAGCUAAUGGAAGCUGCUGAUGUUGACAAGAGUGGAACUAUUGACUAUCAAGAAUUCAUCACUGCCACUAUAAACCGGCAUAAACUGGAGAAGGAAGAGACUGUAAAGGCUUUUCAAUACUUUGACAAGGACAACAGUGGAUAUAUAACAAGAGAAGAGCUUAGACAAGCAUUGACGAAUAUCAGAUGGGAGAUGAGGCAACUAUAGAUGAAGUGAUCGAUGAGUGGAUACUGAUAACGAUGGGAAAAUAAAUUACCAGGAGUUUGUGGCAAUGAUGAGAAAGGGGAUU